UGAAAGGUAAAGAGACUCAGCCAUGAAACACUGUGAACAGAAGGGUGAGACUCAGGCUUUGUACCAGAUAUAACAAAGUUGUUCUUUAAUCUCUGUUCUGAGAAAAUGUCAUUAUUCCUGCUUGUUCUUGUGCUUAUACAGAAUUUCAGUGAGUAAAAUCUGUAUGGAAGGUGGCAUUUUUGAGUGGUUCAGAAGCAGCUGAGGUGCUUAAGGGCACUCCAGCAAACCUUUUAAUGGCCUUCAAAUCCAGCUUGGUACCUUUGUAGCUGUUCAGCUUUUUGUGAUUAUGGGUAAAUUGAAAAAUAUCCUUGAUUUUCUCGGCAGCAGUUGUUUGGUUGUACUUUUGACGAGGGAGGAAAAAAUUAAAAAAUAAAUAAAAAAACCCCUUUCAAUUUGAGCUUUGCCUGUGAGAAAUAAUUGUGAUGCUUUUAGUAAGUAGAAGCAGAUAAUUGGACAGAAUUUUUGGUGCCUAAAGCACAGUUUUUGUCCCAGGUGAGACAAUCCAUGUCUAAUAUUCCAAAUUUCUUGUUCCAUCCCCAGACUCUACCGAGGAGAACACCUUGCACAAGGAGCUGCUGACUUCCCUGCUGAUCCUGGUGCUGGUGGUGAUCAUUUUCGUGGUGCUGGUGGGGUAUUUUUUCAGGUGGGUGUUUUUUUUUGGUUUUUUUUUUUUUUUUUUGGGCUCAGCCCCAUCCUUGGUGCCCUCCCACGGAAGCAGGAGGGAGGCAGAGCCUCGGUGCAGAGCCGUGCCCGCCUGCUCUCCCGCCAGCAUGAACAGAAAGAGCUUCUCUAGAAUUACGUGGUUCAGGAGACACAAGAAAGCUGUGGUGAACUCCGGCGACAAGAAGAUGCCAAAUGGGAUCUUGGAAGAACAAGAACAGCAACGGGUCAUGCUGCUCAGCAGGUCCCCCUCGGGCCCCAAGAAAUAUUUCCCUAUCCCAGUGGAAAACCUGGAGGAGGAAAUCCGGAUACGCUCGGCAGAUGAGGGGAAGCUCUUCAGGGAGGAGUUUAAUUCAUUAACGUCUGGGUAUGUGCAGGGAACGUUUGAAAUGGCAAACAAGGAGGAAAACAGGGAGAAGAAUAGAUAUCCCAACAUCCUGCCAUAUGAUCAUUCCAGAGUGAUUUUGACCCAAAUUGAUGGAGUCCCACCUUCAGACUACAUUAAUGCAUCAUAUAUAGAUGGUUAUAAAGAAAAGAAUAAAUUUAUAGCAGCACAAGGACCCAAGCAGGAAACAGUCAAUGACUUCUGGAGGAUGAUCUGGGAGCAGAAAUCAGCCAUUAUUGUCAUGUUAACCAACCUGAAAGAAAGAAAAGAGGAGAAGUGUUUCCAGUACUGGCCCGACCAGGGCUGCUGGACCUACGGCAGUGUCCGUGUGUCUGUGGAGGAUUGCAUCGUGCUGGUGGAUUACACCAUCCGCAAGUUCUGCGUGCACUCGCUCCACGAGGGAUGCAAGGUUCCAAGGCUGGUCACACAGCUCCACUUCACCAGCUGGCCAGAUUUUGGGGUGCCUUUCACACCUAUUGGCAUGCUGAAAUUCCUGAAAAAAGUCAAAACCUUGAAUCCUGCCCAUGCUGGACCAAUUGUUGUUCACUGUAGUGCUGGCGUGGGGCGCACGGGCACCUUCAUCGUCAUCGAUGCCAUCAUGGACAUGAUGCACGAGGAGCACAAGGUGGAUGUGUUUGAUUUUGUCUCCAGGAUCCGCAACCAGCGGCCCCAGAUGGUUCAGACUGAUAUGCAAUAUUCCUUCAUUUACCAAGCCUUACUCGAGUACUACCUCUACGGUGACACAGAGCUGGAUGUGUCAUCCCUGGAAAAACACCUCCAGACAUCCCACAGUGCAGCACCAAACCUGGUCAAAAUAGGGCUGGAAGAGGAGUUUAAAAAGCUCACCAACGUCCGCAUCAUGAAGGAGAACAUGAGAACUGGCAACCUUCCAGCCAACAUGAAGAAAGCAAGAGUCAUCCAGAUCAUCCCCUAUGAUUUUAACAGAGUGAUUCUGUCCAUGAAGAGAGGGCAGGAGUACACAGACUACAUCAAUGCUUCCUUCAUAGAUGGAUAUAGGCAGAAGGAUUAUUUCAUUGCCACCCAGGGCCCCCUCCCUCACACGGUGGAGGAUUUCUGGAGGAUGGUGUGGGAGUGGAAGUGUCACACCAUCGUGAUGCUCACCGAGGUCCAGGAGAGGGAGCAGGAAAAAUGCUGCCAGUACUGGCCAUCAGAGGGCUCUGUGACUCACGGAGACAUCACGGUGGAAAUAAAGAGUGACAGCCUGAUGGAUGCCAUCAGUGUGAGGGACUUCCUGGUCACAUAUAAUCAGAGCAACCAGGAGAAGCAGAGCAGGCUGGUGAGGCAGUUCCACUUCCACGGGUGGCCGGAGAUCGGGAUUCCUGCCGAGGGGAAGGGCAUGAUCGACCUCAUUGCAGCCGUGCAGAAGCAGCAGCAGCAGACAGGGAACCACCCCAUCACUGUGCACUGCAGUGCUGGAGCAGGGAGAACGGGAACCUUCAUAGCCCUGAGCAACAUCCUGGAGAGGGUGAAGGCUGAGGGGCUCCUGGACGUGUUCCAGGCUGUGAAGAGCUUGAGGCUGCAGAGGCCACACAUGGUGCAAACACUGGAACAGUAUGAAUUCUGCUACAGAGUGGUACAAGAUUUCAUCGACAUCUUUUCAGAUUAUGCUAAUUUCAAAUGA